GUUCCUGUCUUGAAUUGUUUUUCCUUCCGUCAGCCCUGCUCUUUCACAAAUCAUUCUUACCAACUGUCAAAAUUAGUAUAUUGUAAGCAAGUUGAUCUCCCUACCACCGUUGCAAAGCACUGCUUUCAAACCGAUUCAAACUCAACCGUAGCGGGCGGUAUUCAUGCGGUCUGAAGACUUGUCCUGGUCUGGUCGUUUUUGACAUAUUUCUUUGUGGGUAUUUGUGUGAAAUAUCUGGUACCCGAAUCUUAAGAAAUGGAAAAGAAGAAACGAGGAAGGAAAAACGCCCGUGGCAAAGAGAAUGACGCAUUUGUAACAAACUUGUGUAAACAAUUUGAAAUUGUGAAGAAAAGACUUGAAGACCGGGGAAAGAAAGCCAGGGAGUCUAUGAAUCAAGCUUUUGAAAGUUUGAUGUUUCAAAUUCCCUCGGACGUGUUGAAAACCAAAUUAAAAGAUUUAUCAGUGGAACCUUGUGAGAAUGUAAUGAAUCAAUGCAGAGAAAAAGGACCAGGAGUAACACAGGGAUCUCCUGGAAGAAUUAUCAACUUUGAAAGUAGGUGUACUCCUGGAGUUCCACAUACAAGAAGCUUAUUGCAAGUUGCAACAGAAUCAAAUAUGUUAAAGGUAGCAGGCGCUAAUUCUUUAAGUAAAUUUAUUGGAACACCAAGUGCCUCAGGUGUUUCAUCUGUGGGUAUUCUAAGAAUACCUGAACCAGGUGAAUGUGCUGUAUCUGCUACUGGAAGCCCUCUGCUUGUCACAAGUAGUGUCACAGAUACUGUGAAUAUCAAUAUCCCCUUGAAAAAUGGAAAGAAUGUGGUUGAAUCUUCCUCAUUUCCUUCUACUGGUGCAUACCCUCCAGUUACGUUAAUUUUCCUUUCCAUGAUGUUGAGCUUUGUUAUUAUUGUUCAUGGAGAUAUGAAUUUAUAG